AUGGGGAGUGGAGCGAGUGCAGAAGACAAGGAAUUAGCGAAAAGGUCAAAACAGCUGGAAAAGAAACUCCAGGAAGAUGCGGAGAAGGAGGCCAGAACUGUAAAGCUGUUGCUUCUCGGUGCUGGAGAAUCAGGCAAAAGCACCAUUGUCAAACAAAUGAAAAUCAUUCAUCAGGAUGGUUAUACCAAGGAAGAAUGUUUAGCCUUUAUUUCUGUCAUCAAUGGCAACAUUCUGCAGUCUAUCCUGGCUAUCAUUCGUGCCAUGUCCACCAUAGGAAUCGAUUAUGGGGACUCUGCAAAUGCGGAAGCUGGGAGGCAGCUUUUUAAUCUUGUGGAUUCUGUUGAAGAGGGAACUAUGCCGAAGGAACUGGUGGAUGUUAUAAAGAAGUUGUGGACAGACUCUGGAGUUCAGGCCUGUUUCGAGAGGGCAGCUGAGUAUCAGCUCAAUGACUCAGCCUCCUACUACUUGAAUAACCUGGACAGAAUCACUGCUGCUGGUUACAUUCCAAAUGAGCAAGAUGUCUUGAGGUCCAGAGUUAAGACCACAGGUAUUAUUGAAGAGCAGUUUUCCUGUCAGGACCUGCACUUCAGAAUGUUCGAUGUUGGUGGACAGAGGUCAGAGCGGAAGAAAUGGAUCCACUGUUUUGAAGGAGUUACCUGCAUUAUUUUCUGUGGUGCUCUUAGUGCAUAUGACAUGGUGCUGGUCGAGGACGAUGAAGUGAACCGAAUGCAUGAGAGUCUCCAUCUCUUCAACAGUAUUUGCAACCACAGGUACUUUGCAGCCACCUCCAUUGUGCUGUUUCUGAAUAAGAAGGAUCUUUUUGAAGAAAAAAUCAAAAAAGUUCAUCUGAGCAUCUGCUUCCCGGAUUAUGAUGGUCCCAACACAUAUGACGAUGCUAGCAAUUACAUCAAGAGCCAAUUCCUGGAUCUCAACAUGCGAAAAGAUGUCAAGGAGAUCUAUGCACACAUGACAUGUGCUACUGACACACAAAACGUCAAGUUUGUGUUUGAUGCUGUGAAAGACAUAAUCAUUAAAGAAAAUCUCAAAGACUGUGGUCUUUUCUGA